ACCUGCGCAGGCCGCCGUGUUUACGCUGCGAUGGCUCGCAGGCAGUGUUGUGCGGUUGCUACUAAAAAUAUUUUGUUUUGAUAAAUAAUUAAUGGAAUAAACGUCGGUGGGAUAAAGCUCAGGGAGUGUGUAUGUGUGUGGGUUUUUUUGAUUGAGCAGAUAUGAGUGAUAUCCGUCACGCCCUGCUGCGGCGAGACCCUCUGAGUGCGGCCAAAGAGGUCCUGUACCACCUGGACAUCGCGUUAGGGAGCACGCUGCAGAAUGGCCCAGGCCUGGACAAGAACACAGUGGACCUGGUGGAGGAGUUCAUCUUCCACGUCCCGAAAGACCGGAACACACAGCGCAAGAGGAUGAGCUGUGUUCAGGAGCUGCAGCUGUUGGAGAUCAUGUGCAGUUAUUUCCAGGAGCAGAGUAAGGAUGCAGUGAGACAGGUGAUCUUCUCUGCGCUCUUCAGUCUGCAGGGAAACAAAGCUGACGAGAACCGCAUGGCCACGCUGGGAAAACUGGUGUCCAUGGCCGUCGCUGUGUGCCGCGUGCCCAUCCUAGAGUGCGCUGCCACCUGGCUGCAGCGUACUCACUCGGCGUGGUGUGUCCGGUUGGCGUUGGUGUUGGUGGAUGAUUAUUGCACGUUGGUACCAGGCUCCAUCACAACCCUGCAGAACGUCUGCUCAGCCAGUCCUCGCUUUUGCUGCCAGUUUAUCACCGCCGUCACCGCCCUGUAUGACUUCUCCUCAGAUGAGUUAACCCCGCCCCCCUCCCUGUUGGACAUGGUGGUUGGUUGGAUCACAGAAGACUCCAGACUGCUCCUGUUGACCUUCAUCAACACUCCCCUGACAUCCAGCCUACCGUUAGGGUGUUUGGAGGUCACGCCCCUCACGGGUCUGCUCCGGUGGUGUGUGAAAGCGCCGCUCGCCUCUCAGAGAGCCCGGAAGUCAGCGGUGACCAGUGCACAGCUGGAGCAGGAGAACAGAGCAGUGUGUGAAGAGCUGUACUCCAAACUGCACCUGAGUGUUCUUCAAGUGUUCCUCAUGUUACAGGUCCACCUGACGGAGCAGAACCUGCUCGGGCGUCUGGCCGUGCUGCAGGUGGAGUCCGUGGCUGCUCUAGUGGAGGAAGUGAGUGUUUUGGUGGAGGAGCUCAACCCACUCCAUGCUGCUAAUCAAAUCCAGCUGGCUCUGGAUAGGCUGGCCCAGGCCUUGCAAGUUGCCAUGGCGACAGGAGCAUUGCUGUGUUCUCGAGAGGACCUGAGAACUCUGUGCUCGAGACUGCCACAUAACAACAUGUUACAGCUGGUCAUGUCCGGUCCAGUGGUUCCACACGGUGCGGCAUUCCAGUCCAGCGUGUAUCCCUACAUCCACCCCGCCAGGCCUACUCCGCUCUCGCCCCACCCUGCCCUUUCUCCUCUGCCUGCCCACCCAGCCCUCACCACACACCACCAGCUAACACCACACACAGCGCACUCGCCCCUCCCUCCUCCACACGCCUUCCACCCUGCCUCCAUGGCCUUUCAGUACCGCCCCAUCCGCUGAGCUCGGCCUUCCAACUCCACCCGAACAGGAUUUAUAUCCAAAUCUGAGAUUAGAUCCAGCUUGUAAUGUAAUAAACCAUUAGUCAGGAUGAAAAUAGAGAACUUUCAGCAUGUUGACUUUUUUUUUUUAUAUAUUUAAACUCCACAUGUACUCUUGAACUUUUUUUUUUAAGUUGUCCUCAGACAAUUAAUGUAAAUAUUUUCUCAAAUACUGUGAUGUGUUGAAGUCUGUUAAGGAUUUUUUCCCCCGGGUUUUUCUUCAUGUUUUUGUGGAUGUUACAAAACAGUGGAGUGUCAAAGCUGACAAAAGCAUUGGAACAUGAAUUUUGUAUAAGAAUUAUUUAAUUUUUUUUUCUGCAGCAUGUUUAAUACAUUUACAUUUUUGCCAAUUUUUCUCAGAACCAUAAUUCAAAAUAACAGGAUAUGAUUUUACACGUUAUUCUGUUAUACAGUGCUCCAGUCCCAUCUCCACUCUAGAAGUGAUUUUACGUGACUUGAACAGCAUUUAGACGUUUUCAGUCCACGUGAUUUUAACAGACUGGAGUCUGAAUCCCAGUAAAAUCCUCAGUCUCCUGUGACUGUACACCGUUUUGAGAAUGUAAAAUAAAAAGGAAGUGUUUGUGAAAUAA